AAAUUAUCUGAGUGGAGGGUUGGAUGACGCAGCCUGUGAGGCGGCGCGAGCCUCGCCAACCCAAGAGCCUGACCUCAGUCCAGUUCGUUUAGCGGGGAGCUUCCUCCUACUUCAACCGCUACCUGACAACACCAUUUCCUCUCCUACACCCCGACCUAUAUUCUGCCUGCAUAGAACCUCGUAAUACUUGAUCGCCACAUUGCAGACAAUACGACCAUGUUUCGUGCCCAGCAGAACGCCUUCGACGAUGUCGUUGCCAAGGCGACUGACGAGAACCUCACCUCAGAGAAUUGGGAGUAUAUUAUGGAUGUCUGCGACAAGGUGACGACAGAGGACAGUGGUGCCAAGGAUGCCGUGGCGGCUAUGAUCAAGAGACUGGCGCACCGCAAUGCGAACGUACAGUUAUACACUCUGGAGCUUGCCAAUGCGCUCAGUCAAAACUGUGGACCUAAGAUGCACCGAGAGCUUGCUUCGAGAGCUUUCACAGAUGCCCUCCUUCGAUUAGCCAACGAUCGAAACACACACCAGCAAGUCAAGGCGAAGAUCCUGGAGCGAAUGCAAGAAUGGGCGGACAUGUUCAAGGAUCCGGAUUUGGGAAUUAUGAAGGACCAGUAUCAUAAGCUCAAGAGCCAGAAUCCAAACCUCCAUCCACCAUCCGCCCCACAGAAGAGCAGACUCACGGAUCUGGAUCGACAAAAGGAAGAGGAGGAGCUUCAAAUGGCCUUGAAGUUAUCUAUCCAGGAUAAGACACCACAGCCACAAACAAAGCCUGCUCAACAAUCGGGGCAAUCUAGCGGACCUCCACAAUCCCAGCCAGCCUCGCAACCACAGACAGUUCCAUCGGGAACCACCGCAGCCACAGUUUCCCGAGUCAGAGCUCUCUUCGACUUCCACGCGACUGAUCCAGACGAGUUGACAUUCCGGAAAGGAGAUGUCAUUGCCGUACUGGAAUCGGUUUACAAAGACUGGUGGAAGGGGCUGUUGAGAGGACAGACUGGUAUCUUUCCAUUGAAUUACGUCGAAAAGCUGGCAGACCCUACAACAGAAGAGCUACAAAGAGAAGCGCAAAUGGAGGCCGAGGUCUUUGCAGAGAUCAAGAAUGUGGAGAAACUACUUACUCUACUAAGUACUUCCUCAUCAGACUUGAAUGUCAAGGAUAACGAGGAAAUCACUAAACUCUACCAUUCAACACUUGCGAUCCGUCCAAAGCUCAUCGAGUUGAUCGGAAAAUACUCGCAACGGAAAGAUGACUUUACUCAACUCAAUGAGAGAUUCAUCAAAUCAUGCCGUGAUUACGAGAACCUAUUGGAUGCAUCCAUGACCCAGACCCAGCCUGCAUACCAGUAUGGUCGUCACCAACAAGGCUAUGGUGGCGGGUAUCCACCUCAAGCUGCACCGCCACAACAAGAUACGCAAAGAUAUUACACCCCUAAUCAACAACAAGAUCAACAAUAUCUGCCACAAUCGUCCUCUCCCCAAGGGUACCCACCACAGCCUCUACGAACUGGACCAGCCCCGUUCUAUGUUGUUGCUCAACAGGGGCAGCAGCAGCAACCUCCUCCCGAGUCUCAACAAGGACAGCAUCAAUACCCUAAGAGAGACCCAACUCCUCGCAUACCUUCCAACUCCAUCCCAGCACCUCUUCAGACAAGUUCGCCACCACCAAAUCAGUAUCCCCCACCCCAACCCCAGUCUGGCCACCGACCCCAAAGCACGUAUUCUAAUCCACAAGAACUCGCUACUUCUGUCUACGAUUCGCCAGUUGGACAGCAACCAAAUUCUGCUUAUAGCGCAUCUCUCUACUCCCAAGACGAUCCCUACAGCGCCGGCCCUUCCAAUUCCCAACCACCACCUGCCCAACAACAAUAUAACGCCUACGCUCCUCCACAACAGCAGUACGCGCCUCCUAGCCAACCUGGAUAUGAUGCCCCACCUCCCCCAACUGCAAGCGCUCCCCCGCCCCCAGCAGGUAGUGUGAACGCAGGUUAUCCAAACAUCGGACAGCCUCUCGAUGCCAGACAAACACUACCCAGCCAGGGCGCAGCACCUCAAAGUCAGUACAAGUCUUACCAACGACCAGGAUCAUCGGAUGGUCAUAUGGCGGCACCGAGUGCACCUCCAGGUGGCCCAGCGGAUUUCUACAGACAGAGUGCGGCGUAUUAAUCUACUUUUUGGCUUUUAGUGCGAUGAUUCUUUGUAUGCAAGAAGGGAAGGUUAGUUAUUUAGUUACUUGCUUAGCGACAAGCAUUUUUGAAAUGAGGAUGGAGAAGAUAUCGAGGACUUCAGAUUUCGGGAUCGCUAAAAUCAGCACGGAGGUGAUAAAUGAAUGAUGAUGAUGGAGUGAAACAGAAACAGAGAUAGUUCUUCUCAAUUCGAAUGUAAUUAUCAAGCCUCUGGAUUCAGAACUCUAAAUUCCAAUGGAGCUUGCAACGGAAAUGAAUACUAUUAAUUAUACCCAUAUUUCCCUGCCAAUUUCUUGGAGACGAAUGAUGGAUUGAACAACAGAG